AUGCGCGCCUCUCUCUCUAUUGUAGGGGCACUUGGGUUCGCCGCCAAAGCAGUUCUCGCUUCUCCUAAUAACGGUAUUGAAGCGCGAAACCUCACACCACAACAAUGCUCCGAAGUCGUCUUGGUCAUUGAUGUGCUCAAGCUGCAUAGCGCGACACCAUUCUGCUCAUCUUUCCUUGGCAUACAACCCACUACUAAGACAACCGUCUCGGUUGUGAAGACCACCAGCACUUCUACCACUACGACCACUGUAACUAGCGGGACAGCUUCGACUUCGGUCAUCUUCGAGCCCGGGAACCCUCCAGCAACUACGGCACCAGCCAGAGUUCGCCGUGGACCAGUCGAAGUCAACGCAGACGCAGUACCAGAAAUCAUCCAACGCAACGCCAAGCCACCGAUCCCGACCUGGCUGACAUCCGUUGCCUCCUCCGCCAUCUCCAGUGCUUGCGACUGCCUAAGCAUUCCAACUCCUACAUCCACCGUGACCAAAGUUUCAUCUUCUACGGUCGUAACUGUGACCACCGCGACUAUCACCACGACCCCCGCCGUGGUCUCCAAAACCUACUAUCCCUGCGCCACUCCACUUCCAACAUUGACGCCACAGCUCCCAUAUGGCCUCUCCAACGGUGUCGGCGAAUCCAACACAGAAGGAAACAACCUCUAUGGUAUAGACACGCCGCAAGGCGCCUCCGCGGAAGCCUGCUGCAACACCUGCUAUUUCGAGAUCCCAUACUGCAUCCAAGCCUACUGGUACUUCUACGAAGGAUGUGUCGUUGACCAGGCCACCACUGUCACUGGGAGCGGCGACGGUAUCAGUACCGUGUGUCCGCAAGGAACGGUCGAAGGGUUGACGUAUUCCAACGACACGAACCCUGCGUUUCGGAGUACGGGGGAUUUCGCGGGGCCCUGUGGACAGACUUAUGAUGAUUUGCCAUACUAA